AUGAGAGGCGAGGUCUGCCAUAUCCACAUCGGCCAGGCUGGUACCCAGCUGGGUAACAGUGCUUGGGAGUUGUAUCUUCUCGAGCAUGGUCUCAAGGCCGACGGUCGUCUGGACCCGCAGGCGGCAGAGGGACUCAACGAGGGCGGUUCCUUCGAGACCUUCUUUACCGAAACCAGCAAUGGCAAAUACGUCCCUCGUUCCAUCUUCGUCGAUCUCGACCCGUCGCCCGUUGAUGAGAUCCGCACGGGUCAAUACCGCCAGCUCUUCCACCCGGAACUGUUGAUCAGUGGGAAGGAGGAUGCCGCCAAUAACUACGCCCGUGGUCACUACACCGUCGGAAAGGAACUGGUCGACACCGUCGCUGAUCGCAUCCGUCGCGUUGCCGACAACUGCUCGUCUCUGCAGGGUUUCCUGGUCUUCCACUCCUUUGGUGGUGGUACUGGUUCUGGCUUCGGCGCUCUCCUUCUGGAGCGUCUCUCCACUGACUAUGGCAAGAAGGCCAAGCUGGAGUUCUCCAUCUAUCCCUCUCCUCGCGUGUCCACUGCGGUCGUGGAACCAUACAACGCCGUUCUGUCCACCCACAGCACCAUCGAGAACUCGGAUUGCACCUUCUUGGUUGACAAUGAGGCCGUCUACGACAUCUGUCGUCGCAACUUGGACAUCCCCCGGCCCAGCUACGAGCACCUCAACCGCCUGAUCGCUCAGGUCGUUAGCUCCAUCACGUCCAGUCUCCGAUUUGAUGGUGCUUUGAACGUCGACUUGGCCGAGUUCCAGACUAACUUGGUGCCCUUCCCUCGUAUCCACUACCCCCUGAUUUCGUACGCCCCUGUGGUCUCGAGCAACCGCAGCUCCCACGAGAGCUUCCGGGUUCAGGACCUGACCUUCCAGUGCUUUGAGCCCAACAACCAGAUGGUGGUUUGUGACCCUCGUGAGGGCAAGUACAUGGCCGUGGCUCUUCUGUACCGCGGUGACGUCGUGCCUCGCGACUGCACCCAGGCGGUUGCAGCCCUCAAGGCAAAGGCCUCCUUCAACCUGGUGGAGUGGUGUCCCACUGGGUUCAAGCUGGGUAUCAACUAUCAGAAGCCCGUACGUGUUCCCGACAGCGAGCUGGCUCCCGUCGAGCGCUCUGUCAGCAUGCUGUCCAACACCACCGCCAUUGCCGAAGCCUGGAGCCGUCUUGACCACAAGUUCGAUCUCAUGUACUCGAAGCGCGCCUUCGUCCACUGGUACGUGGGCGAGGGUAUGGAGGAAGGUGAAUUCUCUGAAGCCCGUGAGGACUUGGCAGCUCUGGAGAAGGAUUACGAGGAGGUUGCCAACGACGGCAUGGAUGCCGAACCAGAGGAAGAAGCCGAGUACUGA